AUGGACGACGCUGUAAUGGCCGUCAACGGAGGAAUGUCAGUCCGCCGUGCUGCUGAACAAUUCAAUGUUCCAAAGUCGACGUUGUCAGAUAGAUUAACUGGAAAGGUCAAGGUCGACAGUGUUUGGGGGAAGAAGCCUCGGCUAUCUGCGGUCGAUGAAGGCGCCCUGAUAAGUGCUGCUACAGCUCGUGCUGAUAAGGGCCUGGGAUUCUCUAAGAGCAAUUUCAUGAGAUUCGUCGGCGUCUUUGCAGACGAAAAUGGAAAGUCCUUCGAAAACGGGCGACCAUCCGACAUGUGGUGGAGAAAUCUGAAGGCACGGCAUCCAAACUUCUCACUUAGAUGUCCAGAGCCUACAGCAGCUAACAGACAUGCUGCCAUGACAAGGAGCCGGAUUCACUCAUAUUUUCAAGACCUCAAAGGAGUCCUUGAAAAAUAUAAUUUUGACAAGACUCCGGAAAGGAUUUGGAAUAUGGACGAAACCGGCGUCCAGAUGUCUCACAAGCCCGUGAAAGUUAUUGCUUCUAAAGGCUCCCGCACUGUACACGGUAGAGCUAGCAUCUCUCGGGAAACGACAACCGUUAUAGCCUGUGGGAACGCGUCCGGUCGUUGCAUACCACCGUACUUCAUUUUCCCUGGCAAGACAACAAAAAAGCUUCACGGGUUUGACACCGAGUCCUGCAGAGAUCCGACUUCACCUCUCUACGGGGCGAAGUUUAGUGUCAGCGAGUCAGGAUGGACGAAGGAAGGAAUAGCCCAUCUUUGGUUUACCAACCACUUUCUUCCAAGCAUUGGACCAGUUCGCCCCCAACUUUUGAUCUUCGACGGACAUGGAUCUCACAACAACUUGGAAUUUCUCAAGCUAGCACGUCAAGAGAGCAUCAUCCUUGGGGAGCUGCCAAGCCAUACCAGCCACUGGACCCAGCCAUUUGAUAGGUCGGUUUUCAAAUCUCUCAAAAGCAGUUGGAAUGCAAAUGUCGACGAAUUUAUCAAAAUCACGGGUGUUUCUCUUGGAAAUUCAAGUUUUCUACGUGUGUUUGGUAAAGCAUUGGCGGCAUCUGUAACUCCAAGCAAUGUCAUUAGCGGGUUCCGAGCAACCGGUAUUCACCCGUUCAAUCCAAGCGCCAUUCCUGACCUCGCGUACCUACCAAGUACGGAACUUGCUUUGAUAGCAUGGGAACUGUUUUCGUUACAUACAAAAUUUCGCCGAUUUUAA